GCCGCUCCCAAGUGGACGACACUGGAUUACACGGUCCAGCUCCAGUUGCUGCGCCGAGGGGGCCUUAAGGGCUCUAAGGCCAAAACGGGGGACGAAGUCGACCGCGAGUUUACCCGGGUUCGGGCGGAGCAAGCUGCAAAAGCCGCCGCAGCUAAGCAGGAAGGUAUCGCUGCCGCUAAGGCCAAAGUUUCGGCCACCCAGCGGACCAAUCAAGCCGCGGGCACGGGCAACGCUGACCGCGCCUCUCGGGAACAGACAGGACAUGUGGUGGCAGAUUUGGACAAUGUCCUGCCCACCGAUCGUGAAGAAACCCUUGGCGCGCUUCUCAAAGACGAAGGCAACAACUGGUGGCACGACGUUGACGCUGCCGCCGCUACUCUUACCUGCCCUAGUUCAAAGUUUGAGAAGUCAGCGCGAGCGGACGCUAUGCGCGUCGUUGACGCUGCGGAGCCCGCCCUGGGGCCUUAUCCUCCUGGAUUGGUGGGCGUGUACCUGCGCAAUCGCCUUCUAUGCCUCCGCGAGGAAACGGGCCGCGCUGCCCACCUUCUUGAGGAGCGCGGCGUUCACCGCAAGGCCGGCGAGUCCCCACUGGUGCAGCUUUCGGGCCUUACAUGGAAUUCUUCCAUCGGGGCCGGAACGCUCACCUGGAAGGGCGUCGGUCACUGGGCCAUGUACGACUACCAGGACCAGCUUCCCCUCUCCCCGGAGGCCUGCGAACAGAUGAGAUUUGCCGACGUCCGCGACGAGCCUAAGCAGUGCUUGUUGCUGCACGUUGCCGCCGCAUAUCUCGCAACGCCGGACCAGCCCCUCCCAACGCCCGAGGCGGUUUGGACUCUCGCCGCUGAGUGGAGAGUCCGGUGGUGCUCGCAGGCACGAGUCGCCGAGGACUCUUUGGGGCCAACGCCCGAACGGCUCACGCAGGCCGAAGCGGAUGUCCGGGUGUUCCACCACGACCUUCUCCAUUUUGGGCACGACCGAGACUACCGUACUUUGGUUGCCCACCCUUUGCAAAGGGAUUGCCUGGGCUUGGCCGUCCUGCGCCUCGACGCAUAUAUGCGGCCUAGCGUGGAGGUUGUCUGUGGCAGCCGUUACAGCGGCAAAGCUGAGGACACCCGAUGGGUGCUGGUGCACCGUGGCCACAUGCGCUUGCUGGACGCGGGGCGUCUCCUGCAGUGCCAG